UGCGGGGGCGGCUCCCAAUCGCGGUUAGCGCGCAGCCUUCUGGAAGCUCUUCCGGUCCGAGCCUGCGGGUAUUGUGGAGCGGCCCCGGAAAGGGGGGCGGGAACCCGAGGUGGAAUCGGCGAGGACCACGACGCCUGAGUCGCAUCAUCGGCACCAUUACAUACUUAGUGUAGAGUAGGACAGCGUUGCAGCAGCGCGCAAGCCGAUCACCAUGGAGUCCAAGAAGGAGAAGGAUAUGAGGCAGCCGGACUUGAUUAUUCCCUAUCAAGAACCGGCUGCCAAAGGCGACAGCGUCGAGUUUCAGUCGACCCUCUCUUCGACUCUGCCCAUGGCCGCCAUUUUCAUGCGGAACCGAUACAUUGGGUGGGCGGCCGUUGUCUUUAGCAUACAGAGCUGGCUCGGCGAAAGCGAAGAGACCAAGAAGAGCACCAGCACGCCUGGUUAUUUCUCGGUCGGAAUGUCCCUUAUGUCCCUGGUCGUCACAUACCUGCCCAUCUUCCUCCCCCCUCAGCCCGGCAUGCAACAGGGCAGCGCGACAGGCGCACCCGCACCCGCUGCAGCAUAGACGAAAACCUGAAGGGCGACAUGAGCGAACGGGAAGGAGCAACGAACGGCGAAAUAUAUCGUGCCAGGAAGGUGGAAUGAUAGAAACGAUCAAUACGCGCCAAACGUAGCGGCAGUCGGAAUGGUCGUUGGUCGUGGCCUGCUGAGCCGUGUGCAAUAUACCCAAAGAUUGUAAUGUGAAAUACCCCAAAUUUCUCUCGUCCUCGCGGUUUCUCGAUACAGCAAAUCAUGCCAGGCGGCUUCCAGCUUCCAGUCUCCAGUCCAACUCGCGCUUUGUGAUUGUAAGAUCCCGGCAAUGUGACGGCGUACCACCAAAGAUGUCAUGAGGCACCCUGACUACGAGAUUACGCAUAACAAAUAAGAACCGGGA